AUGCAACUUCUCACUCUUAUCCCUGCUAUCCUGGCAGCUCUCCCUGCCCUCAGUGCAGCUGACAGCUUUGCUGACUCUUGCGACCAAUAUCGCGUCCUUAAAACCGACGAGAAGGGCUACGUCCUGCAGGCAAAGUGUUCCAGCGACAGCUACAACGGAUACUCCGCCCUGCAGCUCGACUGGUGUGUUGCGAACGAUGAGGGCGAUAUUAACGCUCGCGCAAAUGGUGGGCUUACGUCGUCCUGUUCUGACGGAUGUUCGAUCAUGACUGGUAUCCCUGAAUUGCGGUGUCUUUGCGAUCCCCAACCAGAAGGGGAGUUCCGCGCGUCGACGUUGGAUCUGACUCCCACGGUCACUAAUAAUGGUGGAAUCUUGGAAUGCUUUGGACAGACGGGAUGGGAGACAAGUGAACCUGCGUCGACCUCGGCAAUCUGA